CAGUGAGGAUGUCUUUAGGAACGCGCGAUCCGAUUACUUUCAGAGUGUUUGCCGCCAAAACUUCGCACACUUGUUGGUGUUGUUUUUUCGUUAUCCUCUUUGUUUCGUUUUUCCUCCGUUUUUAGUCCCUCCGUUCAUUACGUUCCAGUAUUAUACAAUAAUCAUAAAUAUUGGGUUUUAAUUAUAUUUACGUUACGUCGUAAAAUAAGUUUUCAAAAUGAGUCAAGCAAGUUCUCCAGUAAGGUCUGACAGGAAUCGCGAUGCGAUGACCUCGCCAGCUCCUUCGAUAGAUGAGCCCUUUGAGAAUGAAGGAGAGUUGCUCGGUGACGAGCCUGCAAACGAUAUGAUUGAAGAAGACGAUGGAGAGGAAUUGUUCGGAGACAACAUGGAAGCUGAUUACCGACCAAUGUCAGCUCUAGACCGAUAUGAUCCAGCUAUGAUGGAUGACGAGGAAUAUUCUGAUAUAUCUCAAGCGGAUCGUGUAGCUGCAGAGGCAACAAUGAGAAGGCGAGAUCGAGAUGCUGGAAUUAUUACAGACGACAGGGAUCUUCUUUAUGAUGAAAGCGACGAAGAUGAAACGCAAAUCCGAAAACGUAGAAUGGCUGAAAAAGCUGCUACCGGUGAAAUGGAAGAUACCGAAAUGGUCGAAUCAAUCGAAAAUCUCGAAGACACAAAAGGUCAUACGGUCAAAGAAUGGGUCAUGAUGCUGGGACCUCGAACUGAAAUUACCAAUCGUUUCAAGAGUUUUUUGCGAACUCAUACCAACGAAACUGGGCAUUAUAUGUACAGAGAGCGUAUAAGACACAUGUGCGAGAGUAAUCAGUCAAGUUUUGUCGUUGAGUUCCCAAUUCUCGCGAGCAAGGAACAUGUUCUCGCUUAUUUUUUGCCCGAAGCACCGUAUCAAAUGUUAGAAAUUUUUGACGCCGUCGCAAAGGAGCUUGUGCUCACGAUCUUUCCGAGUUACGAGAGAGUCACGUCGGAAAUUCACGUCAGGAUAUCAGAAUUGCCAUUGAUCGAGGAACUUCGCACUUUUCGUAAAUUGCAUUUAAAUCAGUUGGUCCGUACACUUGGUGUUGUGACCGCAACUACCGGAGUAUUGCCGCAAUUAUCAGUCGUCAAGUACGAUUGUACUAAAUGCGGUUACGUCCUUGGCCCUUUCGUUCAGUCACACAUAACUGAAAUAAAACCAGGCUCUUGUCCAGAAUGUCAAAGCAUGGGACCGUUCAUGAUCAACAUGGAACAAACGAUAUAUCGCAAUUAUCAGAAAAUCACCCUUCAAGAGUCUCCAGGACGUAUUCCAGCUGGUAGAAUCCCACGGAGCAAAGAUUGCAUUCUUUUAUCGGACCUCUGUGAUCGUUGUAAACCCGGUGAUGAGGUUGAUAUCACGGGAAUUUAUACGAACAGUUACGACGGUUCAUUGAACACCGAACAGGGUUUUCCAGUCUUUUCCACUGUACUUUUCGCAAAUCAUCUUCACGUCAAGGAUUCAAAAGAUAUCGUCGAAUCACUCACCGAAGAAGACAUCAGCAGCAUUCUUGCUCUCAGUAAAGAUCACAGAAUCGCGGAUAGAAUAGUCGCCAGUAUAGGGCCCUCGAUUUAUGGCCACGAUUACAUAAAACGCGCACUCGCACUCGCUAUAUUCGGUGGCGAAGCGAAAAAUCCUGGCAACAAGCACAAAGUUCGAGGUGACAUAAAUGUGCUGCUCUGUGGUGAUCCCGGAACGGCAAAAUCGCAAUUUUUGAAAUACGUCGAAAAAAUCGCACCAAGGGCAGUUUUCGCAACGGGACAAGGAGCAUCAGCUGUUGGUCUGACAGCCUACGUUCGGAGAUCGCCCACAACGAGAGAAUGGACGCUCGAAGCAGGAGCUUUGGUGCUCGCGGAUCACGGAGUUUGUUUGAUCGACGAAUUUGACAAAAUGAAUGAUCAAGACAGAACGUCGAUUCAUGAAGCUAUGGAACAACAAAGUAUCUCUAUCUCAAAAGCAGGAAUCGUAACUUCGCUUCAUGCACGUUGUUCCGUAAUUGCAGCAUCAAAUCCAAUCGGUGGCCGAUACGAUCCCAGUAUGACUUUCUCUGAAAACGUGGAUUUGUCGGAGCCGAUUAUUUCACGUUUCGAUGUCCUCUGUAUAGUAAAGGAUGAAGUUGAUCCGAUGCAGGACAAGCAUUUGGCUAAAUUCGUGGUAAACUCUCACAUUCGUCACCACCCAUCGAACGUGGGUAAAACCAUGAACGAGGAUCCAGAGGACCAUUCAAACGAUCUUUCUAUACCUCAGGAUCUUCUCAAAAAAUACAUCGUUUACGCCAAACAAAAUAUUCAUCCCAAGCUCACCAAUGUUGAUCAGGACAAAGUAGCCAAGUUGUACAGUCAAUUGAGACAAGAGAGUCUUGCAACCGGAAGUCUGCCUAUAACUGUGCGUCACAUCGAGAGUAUAAUUCGUAUGGCUGAAGCGAGUGCAAAGAUGCAUUUACGAGACCACGUCCGCGAAGAUGACGUCAAUCUUGCUAUCAGAAUGGCACUCGACAGUUUUGUCGAUACGCAAAAGUAUUCCGUAAUGAAGAGUAUGAGACAGACAUUCCAAAAAUACCUCACAUUCAAGAAAGAUCACAGUGAACUUCUCUACUACAUUUUGAGGCAAUUGACGCUCGACCAACUGGCCUUCCAGAGAGCCAGACGAGGGAGCAAUGUAUCGGUUAUUGAAGUCAACGAAAAAGAUCUUUUGGAUAGGGCGAGACAAAUCGAUGUGCACAAUCUAGUGCCGUUCUAUGAGAGCGACAUAUUCAAGACAAACAAUUUCACGUACGACAAAAAGCGUAAAGUGAUCGUGCAAACGCUUCCCGAAUGUGUAGACGACUAAACAAUCAAAUAAAUAAUAAGCAAAUCGACUCAUUAUAAUAAACAUUUUUAUACGUACACAUGUGUGAAUAAAAUAACUUUUUUUUUAA